AUGGAGAAAGUCAGUGGCGACAAAAGCACGGUGUCUAGCUGUCACAAAAAACCUUCUUAUGCCCCAUGGUACACCGUUCCCAACCAACCCAUUGUGAGUGUUGAGCAUCCGUUCAUCAUCAAGGAUGUCGACAAAGGACUAGCAACCCUCGGAAGUCCCAGCAAGUUGGAAGAGCUGGUCCAAGAAGAUGACGCUACCGCCAAUCUGUAUCUGAAGCCGGGAGAUCGCAUGUCCAAACCCUUGAAGUCGGCCAAUGUCAGCACGAAUAAUAUCCUUCUGAAGGUGACGGUGCCGAAGAGAACUGGCCUAAAGCGUAGGCGCGGUGCAGGGGGUCCGUAUCAUGAAGGCGUCGAAAUAGAAAUGCUCGGAGAGCGAGGGGCGCCUAUGGUCAUGGACGCUCAAUACCUUUUCCGCUCAAUGCACGACAAUCCCAAGAGCUAUCAGGUCGAAGCAAUUGGUACUGUCCACCAGACUCAUCGCUUCCGAGGCAUGCCGGACUUCGUCACCUCGACCGAGAACAUGCCGCUCACAAAGAAAUUCCGAGAACAUAUAUUACCAAUCGACUAUGAGAAAAUGAAAGGCUUCAAAUUCGAUAUGAGCAAAGGUGUCAAGCCAAAUACUGAGAUCAUUCCGCCCCCAUCCUGGACUCAUUUCACUCUUCCUUUCAAUUACUCUUAUCGCCAGAAUCCUUGUGUAAAGCGAGUCGUUGAUCAUCUGGGUAACGUCAGCACCAUCAAUGUGCAAGCUGGUCCAAAGAUUACGAAUCCUCCUGUGCCUUUUGAUGUCAAUGUCGUCCCACAGGGUCCUUCACCAGAUCUUCCUGCUAUCGAGACUCUGACGCCCGCAAUGCAGCGGUUGGUCAACAAAGCGCUUAGUAUAAUGCAGGACAGGCCUAUUUUCACCCGAAGAGCACUUUACAACUGUAUGCCAGGCAAUGACUGGGAUAUAUUGGGUCACAAUGCUGCCAAAUACGUCUACCAGUACGCGGGAUACAUGUUCUCGUCUGGCCCUUGGCGCGAUGCUCUUGUUAGAUAUGGCGUAGACCCACGCACAGAUCCCAGCUUUAGGAUCUAUCAAACUAUGAUCUUCUUGCUAGAAAACGAGCGUAAAGACAGUCGAGCAAGAUUCAAUCGGACUAGACCUGACCGAACGAAGACCGAACAAGUGUCGAGGAAAGAGAGCCAUCUUUUCGAUGGCGUGACCGUCAGCAAGGACGGGAAGAUAUGGCAAGUUUGCGACAUCUCAGAGCCGUUUCUGAAAAGCCUCUUGUCCACCAAUAAUCUUCGUAAAGAGUGUCACAUUGAAAGGGAUGGCUGGUACCAUAACGGCACCUGGGCAAAAGCCAAAAUUAUCAUGAAAGCCAAAAUUGCUGCUAUCCUAGACGGUGUGCCCUCGAAUGACGCCGCCUUCGCCAAAGUCGCAGAUGAGAUGCCCGAGAUUAUGAGAAACAAUAACAGAGCCGCAACGUAUCUAAGCCCGAAUGCAACGCCAGAGGAGACUCAUUUAGCAAGUGUGAUCCGUACCACUGCUCAAAUGCAUUACUCAGCCAACCAAGACGGCACAAGAGGGAACGACGGCUAUGAUGAUGAGCGAGACCAAGAUGAAGAGAUAGCGAUGCCAGCGGUGCUUGACGACGGCCUGAUAGAUCCGAGGAUUACUGAAGCUGUCUCGCAGUUUGCGCCUCGAUUCCGAGGCUGA